AUGUCCAACUUCGGCGCCUCCGACACGUACGACGACUCGUCCUUCGGCCAGUCCGGCCAGCAGAAGGGUCAGCAGAAGGGUCAGCAGGGCCAGCAGGGCCAGCAGGGCCAGCGCGGCCAGCAGCAGUUCGGCUCCGCCGACUUCACCGGCACCGGCGGCACUGGCUACGACCAGUCCCGCGGCCUCGAUUCGUCCGACCAGGGCAUGGGCGGCGGCUACGGCGCGAUGGGCUCCGGCGUCGCGGGCGGAUACCAGGGCAGCCAGCAGCAGCAGGGCCAGCAGGGACAGAUGGGCCAACAGGGCCAACAGGGCCAACAGGGCCAACAGGGCCAACAAGGCCAGGACUGGCUCGACCGCGACGUCCAUUCUGCCGGACAGAAGUUCGGGAUGAACGUGAGCGACCAAAACGCCGACCGCGCUGGAGACGCCGCGAACAAGCAGUUCCAGAGCCGCACUGGCCGCAACAUCCCCGGUGCCAACUAA